AUGUCAAGGGUGUUAUCGAGAGCUGCAGUUCGUGCAGCAUCUACAUCCACCGCUGGACACACCACAAAAGCGGCGGGUGAUAUCUCAUCAGUCUUUCCCAGUCUCCAACCAGAUUAUCAACCAGAGCCUCUCGCUCCCAGAUUCGCGGAUUUGAAACGCCGCCUUUUUGCCAAAAAUUCGGCAGCUUUGACCGAUAGCUGGUACAGGCUCCUAUCCAGCCUGGAGCGUGAGGUCCACGAGAUCAAGACCAAAGGCAGCGAUAUCAUUCCUUCAGUAAACUACAAUGAUAUAGUUUCCGGAACAGUUCCCGAAGCCACUGUCAAGGAAAUUCGUCAUCGGGGUACUGCCGUCAUUCGCAAUGUGGUUUCUCGGCAGCAGGCACUCGACUACAAAGAGCGCAUCCGGGAAUACAUCGCUGCGAACCGAGAGAACAUCAAAGCAUUCCCUGCCGACUCACCGGCUGUUUAUGAGCUCUACUGGUCAUCAGGCCAGGUAGAAGCCCGCGCUCAUCCGAACAUGCUCAACACCCAGCGCUUUCUUCAGCGUCUUUGGCAUUCUUCGGAUCCUGAUUCGAAGCUGUCAACAUAUCACCCCUUGACCUAUGCGGAUCGUCUGCGUAUAAGAAACCCCGGCGACGCCAAAUUCGCUCUUGGGCCUCAUCGCUGGGAGGAUCCUGAGUACUCACGCGUGUACGCGAAGAUAUUCGAGGGCAAAUGGGAGGAGUACGACGCGUGGGACGUGAAGCACCGUCUCAGAGCAAAAAUGGACCUGUACAAUGGUGCCGGUGCCUGUUCAAUGCUUCGCCUCUUCCAGGGUUGGUUGGCCAUGUCCGACACUGCCCCGGGUGAGGGAUCACUGCGCGUGUGCCCCAUGAUCACCCAUAGUACCGCGUACACCAUGCUUCGUCCAUUCUUUGAUCCCGGAACUCAGCAGUCACAGAUGGACGCAUCGUUUCCAGGAUCUGUUGCUGGUGCUGCUCAGGAACUUAACCCUGUCACUCAUCCACACCUCGAGCUCAACUCGACCAUGACAUCGGCUCCUACGGUCGAGCCUGGAGAUUAUGUGCUCUGGCAUUGCGAUAUGAUUCACUCCGUCGACAAGGAACACCGCGGAAAAGGUGAUUCCAGCGUUCUGUACAUCCCCGCAACCCCCCUGUGCGAAAUGAAUGUCGACUACCUUCUCAAACAGCGCCAAGCUGCUAUUGACUACUCACCACCUUGGGACUUUCCUGGCGCUGGGGGCCCGGGCGAACGGGGCUUUACGGGGGCUAUGAAGUGGAAUAAAUUGAGCGCAGAGGGCCAACGGGCCAUGGGUCUUGGAGACAAAUCCUGGGAAGUCUCAGAGGAAAUGAGCGACGGUGAAAGAGAAGCCGUGGUAUCGGCGAACAAAGUUUGCUUUGGUGUAUAG